CUCUCACAAGCACAUCUACACGGGGUCGAGCGCGGAACUUUCGCCGAUAUCACAGCUCGCCUUUUGUUUUGGCAUUUCUUGCUAAAAAAAACAAACAAAAAAAAAACAGCUUUCCGUGCGCACGGGUUAUCCUUUUUUUGUUGUUUUCUUUUGGACAUGGCGCUGGACAGGAGACUGGACCUGCUGCUCGGACUGGUCUUGUUGGUGCAGUGUGUGCACGACGCUGGAGCCCAGCUCGCAGACUGGACCGGCGUGCCUUACUCGCACGGACAAGCGGAACAGGCCCUGGACGUGCUGGUGGACAUGAAGACGUACGCUCAGCGGUGGAGGAGAUGGCUUCCAAACAGUGCACGCAGCAUGGACACCAACAGGGCCAGCCAGGAAGAAGAGGAGGAUGAGGAAGAGGACGGCUUUCCAGGCUUGAUGUCGACAGAGGACGCUGACAACAGCUCGCAAGUUGAAGAGGACACAGACCAUAACUACUACACGUCCAAGACAUACGGGCCGACAGACCCCGUCGGCAACGGCUUGUGGGUGAACAUCGAGCAGAUGGACAAAGAAAAAGUAAAGAUUCACAGCAUUCUAUCCAACACGCACAGGCAAGCAGCGAGAGUCAAUCUGUCCUUCGAUUUCCCUUUUUAUGGACAUCUCCUGCGUGAAAUCACCGUGGCAACUGGCGGGUUCAUCUACACGGGCGACGUGGUGCACCGCAUGCUAACUGCCACACAAUACAUCGCUCCACUCAUGGCCAACUUUGACCCCAGUGUGUCCAGGAACUCCACCGUCAUCUACUUUGACAACGGUACGUCUCUGGUGGUGCAGUGGGACCACGUCCACCUGCAGGACAACUACAACCUGGGCAGCUUCACCUUUCAGGCCACGCUACACGACAGCGGACGCAUCGUCUUUGCGUACAAAGAGAUUCCAAUCGAGUUGGCACAGAUCAGCUCCGUCAACCACCCGGUGAAGGUGGGCCUCUCUGAUGCCUUCGUGGUACUCCACAAAAUCCAGCAGAUCCCCAACGUGAGGCGUAGGACCAUCUACGAGUACCACCGCGUGGAGCUGACCAAGACCAGGAUCACCAACGCCACAGCGGUGGAAAUGACCCCCCUGCCCACAUGUCUCCAGUUCAACACGUGUGAUGCCUGCAUCUCCUCACAGAUUCACUUUAACUGUAGCUGGUGCCAUCGACUCAACAGAUGUUCAAGUGGUUUUGACCGCCAUCGGCAGGACUGGGUGGACCACAGCUGUCCAGAUGAGACAAAGGACAAAAUGUGUGACAUAAUAGACACCACGUACCUGUACCCUGUCACCACUUCCAUUGCUGCCAAGACCACACUCAAGAGCAAAGAAGUCACGCCUUCCAGCACACAGCCUCCCACCAGUGCCCCCACUGAAGACGAUACAAAGAUCGCUCUGCACCUUCGAGAAAAUCAAGUGAUGCCAGUGAGCGGCGCGGCCGAUAGGAAGCCAGGCACGCAUCCUUUGCACACAGGUUUAAUCCUGGGUGUCCUCCUGGUGAUGCUGAUCCUGGUGGUGGGCGUGCUGGUCAGCGUCUACAUCUACCACCACCCCACCUCCGCCGCCAGCCUCUUCCUCAUGGAGAGACGGCCCAGCAGGUGGCCGGCCAUGAAGUUCCGUCGGGGUUCGGGCCGGCCGGCGUACGCGGAGGUGGAGCCUGCCGGUCAGGAGAAGGAGGGCUUCAUCGUUUGCGAGCAGUGCUGAAGGGGAGGGGUCACGCUCCCGAUGUCCCUCCCCCUUCUUCUUUCUCACACCAGCCCUCCUCAUCCUGCUGAGGAUGUGGACCCGGUCCCCGGACGCGGUCCUGGACCCGGGCCGUGGAUCCGGACGGAUGCAGCGGCCAGAAACUCUGGAGAAGUGACUGCUUAUUGCCAGGAAGUGAGGGGGGGGGCGCUGUUGUGGUCAAUCUGCAUCACUCUCUGUCCUUUCUCUUCUUACUGCCCCCUACUGCUUAUAAAGAGCGCUGCAGGCUGGACGGACUUCCUGUGGUGGUCAGGAAGUGCAAAACAAUGUUGCCAACACUUUUACGUUGCAUUAAAAUAGAUCAACGCAUUAACAAAAGGCGAAAAUAAUGACAAUUACACAAAAAGGAACACUCCAAAAUGUAUUGCCUUCGCCCAAAUCACAAUAAUUACAAAGUUAUGUUUGUUUCUUGUGUAAACGAACACCAUUUAUUUCUCAAACGACACAAUUGUUGUGCUCCCGUGUAGCUCAGAACUACUUCCUGUUCCUGUCUACAGCGCUAAGCCUUCUGGGUAAUGUAGUAUAUAAACAUGCAUUCCUUGUUCACAUGUAUUUAUAUAUUUAUUUAAUCCUUAUUUAUCCGGGGUAAGACCAGAACAGAUUUCCAUUUGCAGUGAUGACUUUGCGAAGGGGCAGCAUUUUCAUGUUAGAGAUGUUGAAGUGUGAUGAUAAUCUCUCAUUGUCUCUCCUUUGCCAACCAAAAUUAGCGCUAUAGAUCCCAGUUGACAAAUGCUCUCAGCGUGAAGGCUUGGUGAAUAAAUGAAUGUUUAAGAUGUUCAAA